AUGGCCUUCAUUUCGUUCGUUGGAAGGCUUCUCUUCGCUUCUGUCUUCCUUCUCUCUGCUUGGCAAGAGUUCAGUGAAUUUGGUGUGGAUGGCGGACCCGCAGCCAAGUCUCUGAGACCCAAGUUCGAUAUUUUCUGGAAUCAUCUAUCAACUCACACUGGUUUGAAAGAGCCCCAACAAUUUGAAAUCCAACAUUUAUUGGCGGCCACAAUAGCCUUGAAGGGCAUCGGGGGUCUUCUCUUCAUCCUUGGUUCUUCUCUUGGAGCCUAUCUGCUGCUUCUGCAUCAGGCCAUCGCCACUCCUAUCUUGUACGACUUCUACAACUAUGAUCCUGAGAAGACCGAAUUCAAUCAACUUUUCCUCAAGUUUACCCAGAAUUUGGCAUUCUUUGGGGCUCUGCUGUUUUUCAUAAGCAUGAAGGCGUCGAUACCAAAGAGGCAACUCAGAAAAAGAGCUCCCAAAGCAAAAACUACAUGA